UUGUUUGUCAUGAGCUCAUGACGUCACCCGAGAGGGCAGCUACUAAACAAGAUGCCAAACUUGCCGCUAGUAUGUCAGUGAGCAGAAAAGAGGGGCGAAACAUCAUUUAGAACAGUUCAAAGCUCGACUUUAUGAGUGGCCAUACUUCUAAUAGAGGACAAACGCGAACGGAAUCGUGUUAGCUUAGCAUCUUAGUAACUCAGAUAAGGUUUGGUGAACUGGAGUUCGCUAGCUUAGCUAACCUAGCUAGCUUAGCUACCGUUAAAUUAAAACUAGCCAGCUGUUUUAAACGUUAAGCGUUUGUUUUAUUUCCGCGUGGACUGCUGGGCUGUCUUACCUGGCUAAUAUUACAUAUAAAACUCUCAUUUCAUUCACGGGUAUUAAAACAAAUCCUGGACAUCGACCACAGCUUGACUUGACUUGACGCAGCAGGAUGUUUCCAGUUGGGCUCACCUUUCACAAUGCACAGAACACAGCCUCCAGCAGCAGAGUACAAUAACAAAUGAUGGAACAGCUGGAAUAUGCAUCGGAAUACAGCCUUUUAUUUCUGAAGACCGAUUCAGACAGCAUUUUGGAAAAUAGUGAAGCCAGCUAAAUGGCACUGGGGAAGGGGCUGAAACGGUGGUCGCAAUGGCUGAAAGGAAAUGCAGAAAUGGUUCUUCUUACCCAGGUUGACUUUACCUUUCACUUCCUUCAUCUUGGAUUUGGAGAGAUGGCGGCCAACAAACCCAAGGGACAGAACUCUCUGGCCCUACACAAAGUGAUCAUGGUGGGCAGUGGUGGAGUGGGCAAAUCUGCACUUACACUGCAGUUUAUGUAUGACGAGUUUGUGGAGGACUAUGAGCCCACUAAAGCUGACAGCUACAGAAAAAAAGUAGUUCUAGAUGGAGAGGAGGUCCAGAUUGACAUAUUGGACACAGCUGGUCAGGAAGACUAUGCUGCCAUUCGGGACAACUACUUCCGCAGCGGAGAGGGAUUCCUCUGUGUGUUCUCCAUCACAGAAUCAGAAUCUUUUGCUGCAACAGCUGACUUCAGAGAGCAGAUCCUCCGGGUUAAAGAGGAUGAAAACGUGCCCUUCCUGCUGGUUGGAAAUAAGUCAGAUCUGGAAGACCGGCGACAGGUGGGAGUAGAGGAGGCCAAUGCCCGUGCCAAUCAGUGGGAAGUCAGCUACGUGGAGACCUCUGCCAAAACACGUGCCAACGUGGACAAGGUGUUUUUCAACCUAAUGCGACAAAUCAGAGCUAGGAAAAUGGAGGAUGGCAAAGAGAAGAACGGGAAAAAGAAAAGAAAGAGUUUGGCAAAAAGGAUUCGAGAGAGAUGUUGCAUUCUAUAAUGACUGUGUCUGCACAUGGUGAAGCCAAGUCUUCCCGAUUCUUCUUUUUUCUGCCUCCUACUUGUUUCCCUCAAGGCUAAUCAGCAUCUUGUUUCAUUUACAUCUUUUUGCAAGGUAGUAAGGGACAUAAACAGGUAUGUAUACACAUACUUAAAGUUUGCUUAAGAGAAAGAUAUCCACAACUUGGAAGUUCUCAACGAGGAAGCUGCUUAAGACUAAGACUGAAUGCCUCUUAAGCAGCAGAAGACUGCUACAAUGCCAUUUCAUUUCAACCUUUAAAUGUACUGUACAUAGGCCAUAUAAUGUGGUACUGCUGCAUAUGAUUGUAAUUUCUGGUUUUCAAGAAGACUGAGGUCCUUAUUCUUCCAUGACAAAUCUCCAGCAUGAAUCCAAAUACUACACAGCUUUUCAGGCCAGCAUGCAUCUGUGUGAUGGGCACACCCUAGUGGAAGAAGACAGUCAUAAAAAUCCGGUUGUCCUGCUAAAAUUAGCCUCUCCUGUCAACUUGAGUCAUUUCUUCCUCUACAGACCCCCUGCAGUGUUCCGUAUGUCUACAUACCAAAGACUGGCAGUACGUCUUCAAACAAAGUUUCAGUUUGUUGUAAGCCAGUGGUUGAGAAAUGGUACUGUAGAUGUUUUAACUUCAGUAAACGAGUGCCUUCACUUUUUACUGCUUAAAUAUAAUCAGAGUUGCCGAAUCCCAGUCCCAGAGGUCCAGAGUUGAGCACAAUUUGGUGAUUUCCUUACUCUAACACACCUGAUAAACCAAUAAACUAACUGAUGUAUUGACUAAGAUUCAUUUAAGAGGGAAAGAUCCCAAACUCUGCAAGUGUCCAGGCCUCAAGUGCUAAAGUUGGGCAUGCUUGCUUUAAAGGAAAUCUCUACCAAUUGUUGAACAUUUCUGCAUGAUUUAAUGGCUGGGAUUUAAAGUCAUUCAGGGUAGUCUGAUGUGAAAUGCUCCAUUUAGAGAAACAGAGUCAGAAUUGUUCAGACAUCUGAAGCUAAAGGCAUCUACCUUGCAGACAGUUAUUACAUGAUAUGGUUUCAAAUAUGCUGCCUGAUGGCAGAGAUGUUGUUUUAUGAUAGUUUGAACAUAAAAAAUGUUUUAGGCCAAAACCUUAAAUCUAUUCAUAGUGUGGAGGAGCAUGCAAAAUGGCUAUAUUUGCAUAAACAUCAUCAUGGCCCCUGGUUCCUAUCACCACCACUGAAGAAAACUGGUACAUUUCUUUACAUUUCACAUCACACCACUCUGAAUCAUGCUGUUAGAUUUUUUUUACAGUAGUAAAAAUUGAAAUCAAACUUUACAAACGUUAUUUCCUCAAUGGCUCACUAGUUUGGGCUUUCCAAUUAAAAGCUUUAGUUGUAAGGAGCUGCGCACAUUCAUGGAAGAAUAUGACCCUCAGCUGUAGGAGAUGGACCUUAUAAGCACUACCACUUUAUGUGAAGAAAAAAAGCCAUAAAGUGUAGACGCACUACUGUUUUCUAAAGUCAACCUUUUGCUUGAAGACUACAAAUCUUCAACUUUACUUUCUAGAAAGCGCCUUAAAAACAAACACACAUUGGCUAUAAAUCAAUCAGCAGACAUACCA